AUGGAUCCAAAAGCAUGUCUUAGCAUACAUGAGGGGGAUCUCUUGCCUGAUGCCUCACACUACAGAUGCUUGAUUGGAAGAUUGAUCAAUUUAACACUAUCUAGACCUGACAUCACAUAUGUUGUUCACAAAUUGAGUCAAUUUCUAUCCCAACCUCAAUUGCCACAUCUCAAAGCAAUACAUCAACUUUUUCAUUACUUAAAUACAACUGUGGUCAAGGUCCAUUCCUUUCAGCAUCCUUAUCUUUACCUAUCAUUACAAGCGUUUACUGAUGCUCAUUGUGGUUCAUGCAUUGACACAAGGAACUCCACAACAAAGUUAGGUGACUCACUAAUUUCUUUGAAUUCUAAAAGACUGCCUAAGGUAUCAUGCUCAUCAACUGAAGCAGAGUAUCGAGCACUUGCUGUAACCAUUAGUGAUCUUCUAUGGAUCACUUAG